AUGAAUAUAACGUACCAUAAACCUUAUUGAAUAUUUCAAUGUCGGGUGUAUUGAACCUAUAAACAGUAAAAUAUCGAUGAAAUAUAUACACAUUAUUGAGUACAAGGUAAAAAUAUAAAUUAUCCAGGACAUAUUAAUUUCAUAAUCUGUUAUAUGUAUUGAUACAUUGUAAACACAGUUUCUUAAUCGACGUCGUUGAUAAAACUAACAAAGAAGAAGAAAAUCAUCAAAAUGACCACCUCAGCUGUAUAUCUGGUGUUAUUGAUAUUGUUUACAGUGGUAGCCUGUUCCAAUUCCAUAAGGCAUGAGGAGGAAAAAUACAUUACACAGGUAAAAUACAGAGAACACAAGCUUGUGAAAAGGGCCGUUUCCAGUACAAAUACUACAGACAGUAUAGACAUUUCAAAUACAACGCACAGCACAGACAGUUCGAAUACAACACACGGUGUCGUCGUCAACACUUCAACAGGUAGUGAUGUGACUACUUCAAGAAAUACUUAUGAGACAACAAAUAGUUAUGAGACAACAAAUAGUUAUGAGACAACAAAAAGUUAUGGGACAACAAAUAGCGAUAGUGUAAAUUCAACAACAUCAACAGUCACACCAGAAACUACAACACAAAAGUCAUCAAUUGGUCAAACAGAAGUUCCAUCAAAUACGACCACGAUAACAGACCACCAUACUUAUUAUAAGUCGAGAAUGUUUUCCGACCCGACUGGAGCCUAUUGGAAUGAGUUGCACGGACAUACAAGGCAUUCUUUAUCAAAUGACAAACAUCUUGUGUACGCGUUCGUCGACUUAUCUUUUAAAUUUCCAUUCUAUGGUCACAUGAUACAGAGAUUUGCAAUAACGCCAUUAGGAUUUUUAUACAUGAGUUCAUUCACACAUCGACAACUGGAUUAUUCCUACACCCAUUACAUUGCUCCACUGAUGGCAAACUUUGAUACCAUUGGAAAUUAUUCUGAAAUAUUGUACAAAGAUAACGGUAAUAGUUUUGUAAUUGAAUGGAGAGACAUUGAGUUAAAUGAUCAAGCAGAGAAGGGAAACUACACGUUUCAAGCGACACUUUUUCAAAAUGGUACAAUAAUGUUCGCUUACAAAUCAAUACCAGAUACUAAUAUAUCGGUAGCAAAUUGGCCUGUUAAGAUCGGACUGUCGGACGCUUUUUAUUAUGAUGUUAAUAGUUUUUUUGGAUAUAUUAGAUAUAUAGUGAAAUACCAUUCUGUUGAAUUGAAUGUGACGAGCAUAGAAGAUAAUAAAGUGAUAAUUCUGGAUCCUGUGCCAACAUGUAACCUAGCAACAACAUGCGAAGAGUGUACAUCUCUGCAAAUUGAUUUUGAGUGCUCAUGGUGUCCGAGUGUGUACAGAUGUUCAGAUAGUGUUGAUUGGCACAGACAAGAAUGGUUGAACCAAAACUGCGACUCGAAUGCCAUAACAGAUAAUAGUUCUUGUUCUACGGCGACCGGUCCACCACCAUCAGGUUCUGGCCCUGACAAUGACUCACCUGGAUUUGUAUUCACCUCAGAUGACAAGGACAAUGUCAAAAGUUCCAAAUCGAGUGAUAGAGACGGAGCAAAGAAGACUGCAUUAAUAGUAGUACCCAUGGUAGCAGCUGUUGUUCUCAUAAUUGUGUUUAUUGUUGGAUGGGUAUUUUAUGCACGUGCAAAUCCAACUACCAAAUCAGGACAAUUUCUCAUAAAGAAUCGACCAAGUCAACUUAAAGAAAAGUUUCAUAGUGUUAGUUUCUUUAAUUCAGAAACGGGGCAUAAGGUUCGAAUACACGAUGAAAUGCCGGACGUCGAACAUCCAGAAAACUGACACUUAGUUUCGAGAACGUUUCGAUUACAGAGAGAUCAUAUUUAAAGGUGCUUUCAUCAUAGUGCUUUAACUGAUGAUUAUCCAAGCAUUGCCUGGUUUGUUUCAAUGUUUACUACAAACGACAAUCACAAGUUGUUUUAUCUGUGAUACAUAUGACUUAUUCUUCGCUACCCUCUGCAUUUUAGUUAGCAUGUUUAAGAUGAUAAGGUGAGCAAAUGUGAACUUUUCUUCCUUCUUCUUCAUCGUCGUCUUUUUCGUGACUUACGUCACAGAAUGAAUCUUAACUAACAUCGAUAAUAUAUGUAGGCAUUUUUCGUAUUGUCAACAACGGUUUAUAUUCGUUACAUCAAAGACAUAUGUUUUAUUAGAUGUUAAGGCUCAAAUUUUUUUUCGAAAGAUGUUAUAUGUUUUUAAAAUAUCUGUUUUACUAGUUACUAUGUUAAUUGAUACCAGUAUUAUCAUGAAUUAUACUGUAAUGGUCACUUUUACUAAUUGUGUCAAAGUUCCAUAUUGAUAGCCGAAUACAUUAAGUUCAGUUUAAUACAACUUAAUAAAGAUCUACUUUCAACAGCUAUUUCAAAGGCGCACCAGCCUGAAAUUUUGACAGAAAAUUACAUGUUUAUGCUUUUACAUAUUCCUAUACGCACCAUCUUUAUCUUCUAUGUACGAGUACCGGAAAUGUAAUGCCAUUUAGAGUCUAGACAGCUUUUACGUCUCACUUCAAAGAAUUAAAAUACAUGCCAUAACGGAUUUAUACAUUUUUGAACCUAUUAAUAUUGAAACACUCUAUGAAUACAUGUUCAUCAUAAUCACCUUAUCAAUCCGUAUGUUAGAAGGAACAUAUUCCUACGGAAGUUACUUAUUGAAUAUUUUGAAGAACAGAUCGGAAUGAAAAUAGAUGAUGUCCAAACGGAGUGAAAUCAAGUGCGUUGACUUUAUAAGAACCCCUAUUAUGCAAGAAAAACCAUGAUGUCGUUCCAAUUUCACUUCCUGUAGUAAUUGAUCUUAUAUAACUUUAGUAAAGGGAUGAACAUUUGAUUUUAGUAGGGGUGGGGGAUGAGGAUUUUUAAAAUAAAUAUGCUGGCCUGGUAUGAGCUGAAAAUAAAUAACGUUGCCCAAGACAGGAUUAAAAGGAAUAUUUUGCAACACUAAAUGUAGGAAACAAAUGUAUAAAAAAGUGAAAAAUAAUCAUGCAUAGCAACAGAUGAAAAUGAAUGGUGAAUCCGCAAAAAAUCCUCCUGGCUUCCUCCAGAAUAUCAAAGGGUCGCCUCCUAACAAGAGAUGUUAAAAACGUUACAAAAUAUGUAUACUUUUAACAGUGUAUUAUUGUUUUAUUUUUGUAAUAAUUGUUAUCACUUGUGAUUAAUUCCGAUAUAUGCAUUUAUUUCAUGUACUUGAAUACUCAUAAAUUGUUGAUUUCUUAUUUAUGCAAUCAUUCUGCUUUGAAUAAUAAAAAAAAAAAUUCUCUUAUCGGGGGAGGGGAUCUAUGGGUACUCUAUAAUAAGGUCAUUAUUUUUAAUAUUAUACGGACACCUGAACCUAAGUAUUGCUUUUGCAGUUUCAUUGUCAUGAACUUUAAAUUUUUCUUAUCAAUUAAUCAUGCCAGUCUUACAAAUGCCGUCCUGGAACUUCUUUCAUAAUUAUUAUAUUUAUUACUUUGGUCAUUGUUUCGGUUUUUUUGUUAUUGUCAUGGUUACCUUAAAUAAAAUAUUUUAUAUAUU